CCCUCCCCGUGGCAGCAGCAGCAGCAGCACUCUAUCCAGCGGUGGCUGCUAGGACGGGCGUAGUCUUCCUUGGAGCUCUGCUGAAGAUUGCCGGACAAUCUGUUUGUUUCACACAUCCAUUCUGACGGGAAGUUUCGCAUUCCCUUGUUCGAAAAUCGUUGCUCGCAAAUCUAGUCCGCCAACAUCACAAGGACAGCAGUUUGAUUCUUACAGACAUUGUAUGUAUUACGGUUAACAGAAGUUCAGCAAUGACUUGACAUUGGUGCGCCCGAGCCUGAAACACUACCAAAGGAGACCAUCUUGUUGGAGGCCGUUAUCAUCCAUCAUGGGGAUCCUCAGUGACGAAUCGAUGGAAUUCCUGGAGCGAUGUCGCCGUUCGCGCCGCUUGGUGCUUAUCAUCGUUGCCAUUGCGCUCCUCUUGGACAACAUGCUACUGACCACUGUAGUUCCCAUCAUCCCGGAAUUUUUGUACACCAUUCGUCAUCGCCACGACCCCGUGAGCAACGUAUCCGUAGUCACUGAAGUAACAGAGCCGUUCGGAACUUACACGACUAGUACGAUGCCAGGCUUGUUUGAAAACGGAGCUUACGAAGAUCCUGGAAUUAACGUCACUUCACGAUGCCUCCCCGACUCCGCUAAACGUGAUCCUGACUCCGAGUACAAAUACAUGGCCAAGCACAACGAGCUCAUCCAGGAAAAUGUCGAAGUUGGAAUUAUGUUCGCGUCAAAAGCUUUCAUCCAGUUACUAACGAACCCGUUCGUCGGACCGCUUACCAAUAGGAUUGGCUACAGCAUCCCAAUGUUUGCUGGAUUUGUCAUCAUGUUCGUGUCAACCAUCAUAUUUGCUUUCGGGAGAAAUUACACAGUUCUUUUUGUUGCUCGAGCCCUUCAAGGAGUCGGAUCCUCUUGCUCUAGCGUUUCAGGAAUGGGAAUGCUGGCUGCUAGUUAUCCCAACGACGAAGAACGAGGCAACGCAAUGGGCAUUGCACUUGGGGGUUUGGCUCUAGGCGUCUUGAUUGGGCCCCCUUUUGGUGGCAUCAUGUACCAGUUCGUUGGCAAAACGGCCCCGUUCCUUAUUUUGGCCUGCUUAGCUCUGGGCGAUGGAUUACUGCAAUUGCUCGUUCUCCAACCGGCGAUUGCCCAACAAGAGGACGAACCGCCUUCAGUCAAGGAACUGUUGAUGGACCCGUACAUCAUCGUCGCUGCCGGUGCAAUUACAUUCGGUAAUAUGGGCAUCGCAAUGUUAGAACCGUCGUUGCCGAUCUGGAUGAUGGAUACGAUGUGCGCUCCUAAAUGGCAACUGGGAGUGGCUUUUCUUCCGGCAUCUAUCGCUUACCUAAUAGGAACCAAUUUGUUCGGUCCUCUCGGCCACAAAAUGGGCAGGUGGCUAGCAGCUCUGGUCGGUUUGGUGGUAAUUGGAGUAUGCCUCAUGCUGAUCCCGUUCGCGACUAACAUCGGAGAUUUGGUUCUGCCAAAUGCCGGACUUGGUUUCGCCAUAGGCAUGGUUGACUCUUCUAUGAUGCCUCAACUGGGAUACCUAGUUGACAUCCGUCAUGCCGCUGUCUAUGGUUCCGUUUACGCCAUCGGAGACGUUGCCUUUUGUCUUGGAUUUGCUAUCGGCCCUGCUCUUAGUGGAACUCUUGUUCAAACGAUCGGUUUCGAAUGGAUGCUUUUUGGCAUUGCCAUCAUCAGCUUUAUGUACGCUCCGCUAUUGUACUACUUGCGCAAUCCACCCACAAAAGAAGAACGCCAGUGUCUUGCCAUGGCGGAGAAAGCUACCAUCAGUUACAAAGCCUUUCAAAAAAUGGAAGAAGAAUAUCCAUAGAAAAUAAAGCCGAAAAGAGGGGAACAUAUUAAAAGAAAAAUAGACCACCCUGCUGAAAACGGAAAGAAAUCGAAGAAGAACAAACUUUCGAAAAAAGAACGAAAAUUACGCAUUUUUUUAUUUUCACCACACGCAAGCGAUCCAACGUCCGAUCACGUCCCUUUCAAAUAAUUGACUGCCAAAAUCCAGUAAGGUGAGGCAUAUCGUUUGAAACCCGCCCUAGGACUCGCUAUGGCUGAGUGGGUCUGUCAGCGGGAAAUUCAAAUCGAUUUUGAUUUUUCGGGCAUUCCGCCUAUAUUCAACAAGAAUAAUUUCAAGACGCUGGGACGACUUAUUUCAAGUGCGGUGACUGGACUUCAAUCAAUACCGAUAAAAUCCCUUUCCUCUAUAAAUUCUAAAAAAAAAUGCACAAUCGGUGACAGUUUUUUUUCAAUCCUUUUUGUUUUCAAAAAAUUGUUUCUGCUUAUUCGCCGAGUGUUUUGCCGUGCUGCGUCUCCGUGUACCGUGUGCUGUGUGUAUACUAUUGCAUCAUCAUUUAAUAUUUUGACUGUUUCUAUUUGUUGAUGGAAAAAAAUUGAUGUCAAAUGAAUGUCACACACCACCACUAAAA